AUGGUUAGGUAUCUAUUGGUAGUAAUUUUUUUCGUCCAAGUUGCCUUUGCAACUGACGACUGUCCGGGAAACUUCGGAAGCGGGUGCAGCUACGGACCUGCCGGUGGCUCAAACGCUGAUCAGUGCGAUACCAAUCAGUGCAAACAACUUGACGGAGGUGGCUUCAUGUACGAAUGCUUCUGCAGUAACUGCGAUAACAAUACGAAUACCUGCACAGCUACAACAAAAACUUCGACGAUUGCUACCACGACCACCAGCAAAGCCACCACUACCGAGAGCACGACAGCUAGCAGUGCGGCAAGUACCACAGCCAGUAGCACGGUCAGUACCACCGCUAGUACCACUGCCAGCACAUCAGCUGCCAGUACCUCCACUACGGCGACCACCAAGACAACUGCUAAUGUAGCUACAACGGCGUCGAGCUGUGGAACGGAUGAUGCAAAAUUGGUGAGUACAAUGGCCAGCACCACUGCGAGUAAAGCCGCAACCAAGACAACCGCCACCACUGCCACCACCGCUACAACAAAAGCGAGCUGCGGGACGGAUGAUGUUAAUUGUGCCACGUGGGUUGCGAACGGUUUUUGCACGUCAUCUGGGUACACAGCCGCUCAGCGUCGGCAGUAUUGCCCGAAUUACUGCGGUCAAUGUGGACCGACGACGACCAUGGCCACCACGAAAACGACAACUGUCGCGACCACGAAGACAACCACCAAGGCCGCCACAAAGAAGACGUGCCCGGCUGAUGCUAGUGCCAACUGUGCUAGCUGGGCGGCCAGUGGCUUCUGCACCAACUCGGCCUACACCCAGGCCCAGAUCGCCUCAUAUUGCUCGUCGACGUGCAAUAUCUGC